UAUUUCUGCAGCAGUGAGAAGUAGUCAAGAGGGGGACAGCAUGCAUGUUCCAAAAAAAGGGAAAAAGUUUAGAACAGAUAAAGAAGCCAUUUCUUUUUAUCAAAAUUAUGCUUUGAUAGUUGGUUUCUCAACUGUGAAAGCUACGAGUUAUAUUAGCAGGAAAAAAGGAGUUGAAAGUAAGGUUACUAGACAAACAUUUAAGUGUCAGAGAAGAAAGAAAAUGGAGAGCAGUAAGGAGGAAGAAAAUGAGCAAGCUACCUUGGGUGACUUCCUUAAUGCAGACAAAAAUGUUGUUGGUGAGGCAGUAGUGAAAAAACGGAAGUGAAAUAAGAUAAUAAUGACAGGUUGUCCUGCUGAAAUGGUCAUAUCAGAAGUUGGUGACAGUUGGACAAUCAUAAGACUGAAUUGGGAGCACAAUCAUGAGUUGACCCUUGCAGAUGAAACUAAAUUCCUCAAAUCACACAAGAACAUCACAGAAGAAGAGAAAACGCUGAUAAGAACUCUUAAUUCAAUAAAUGUUCCAAAUAGGAUGAUUAUGGUUGUAUUGUCUUAUUUGAGAGGUGGAUUAUCAUCAGUGCCUUACACUAAGAAAGAUGUCAGCAAUUUCAGAACUUCUAUAAGGAAAGAGUGUGGAGUGAAUGACAUGAUGCAAUGCUUCCAAUUUUUUGCAAAACGGAGCAGUGAGGAUCCGCUGUUCUUCUUCAAAUUUCAAACAGACAAAGAUGAUAGAGUGAGAAACUUGUUUUGGGCUGAUGGCAGUGGUAGAAGAUAUUAUGAGAUAUAUGGUGAUUGUGUGAGUUUUGACACAACAGCUAAAACAAAUAAGUAUGAUUUACCGUUUGCCCCAUUUGUUGGUGUUAGUGGUCAUGGAGAUAAUUGUCUAUUUGCUUAUGCUCUGCUUCAGGAUGAAACUCUUGAAACAUUUGAAUGGUUAUUCAAAACUUUCCUAGAAUAUAUGAGCAACAAGGCACCCAAAAGCAUCAUCACAGACCAAGAUUUGGCAAUGAAAGCAGCAAUAAAAAUGGUUUUCCCCAGUACAAAUCACAGGAAUUGUCUAUUUCAUAUUGUCAUGAAUGCAGAAAACAAGACUGGGAGGACUUUUUGUUUGCACACAGACAUACGUGAUGAUUUCUAUGAUAUCAUUCACAAUUCACUUACUAUGGCUGAAUUCACCUUGUUGUGGAAGCAAUUUAUAGUGCGUUGCAGUUUGCAAAAUGUAAGAUACUUCCAUCUUAUGUGGACAACACAAAAGAUGUGGGCGCCUGUGUAUUUCAAAAAAGAGUUCUAUCCUUUCAUCCAAUCUACAUCUAGAAGCGAAGGCACAAAUUCAAGGUACAAAUUGGAUGUAGUGUCAACACAAAGUGUUUCUACUUUUUUGACACACUAUGCAAGAAUAGCACACACAAUACAUGAGUCCCAAAGAGAGCAGGAUUCUAUGACACGCAACACAACUCCCACUUAUUUGACAGAGUAUUCCUUUGAAAAACAAGCAGCCAAGUUUUAUAACAGAAAGAUAUUUUGGAAAUUCCAAAAAACUUUGAAGAACUCAACUAGGUUGCUUGUUACUGAGAGGGUGCAAAAUUCUGUUUUUGAAGUCUUCAAAUCAGAUUUCCAUGCACAAAAUGAUUUUUGAUCUCGGACGUACAUAGUUGUUGUUGAUUGUCAAAGGGGAGAUUUUGUUUGUAUUUGUUCAAAGUUUGCGAAGGAUGGUAUGCUUUGUGAACAUAUUCUAAGAGUUAUGGUACAAAUGAAUGUGCAAGAGAUACCAGAAAAAUAUUUUAUAGAUAGAUGGAGGCCAAAAGAGAGGAAAAUUGUCAGAGAUGAAAACACAUUGAUACCUGAAGAUUUAAGUGGUGCUAGCAAUAUGCUGAGAUUCAACAUAUUGUCAAAAAAGCUUACAUCAUUGGCUUCUGAUGCAUCAAAGGACAAUGAUAGAUUCUGCUAUGUGCUGAAUGAAGUGAAUAGAAUUGCAAAACAUCUAAGUAAUUUCCCAGCUAAAACAAAAGAUGUGUCUGAUUGUAAUCAGGGGGCUGAUGUGUCUGAUUCUAAUCAGGGGGCUGCUGCUGUUUCAGAAAGUUUUCCUGCUCAUGUUGGUGGCAGUACCUCUACAAUUCAAUUGGAAGACCCAGAAAAUGUUGUUAGGAAAGGGAGACCUCGUAAAGAAACGAGGCGUAAGCCACUUGGUGAGCAAUUGAGGACAAAAAAAUCUAUUACUUGCAGUUUUUGUGGAUCACAUGACCACAAUGUUCAGACAUGUCCCAAAAAAUCAGAAGACGGUUGUGACCUUUCUAAGUCAAAAGCUAGCUAUGCUAAGAGGGCUCGCAAACAAAAAAGUUAGCCAUUGUAUUGUGCAGAAGAAGAGUAGUUAUUAAUGAAAGAUACCAAGUAAGAUUCGGACCCCGCCGAAGAGCCGGUUUACUCCGAGAUCAU